AUGUCUGUUAAUAUUACAAUUCCUGAUGGUUGGAUAAUAAAUAAAGAAGAUGUUGGUAAAAUAAGUAAUUUAUUAAUUUAUCAAAAAAUUAAUAUGAUUGUUGGAGGAAUUGGUACAAUUAUUAAUAUUUUUCUUUUUACUAUUUUAAUAACAGCUAAAUAUUUUAUUCAAAACGGGAAAUUAACAAUAUUUUUAUGUAUUGGUGAUUUAAUAAAUUGUUUAUAUAUAUUUUUACAAGGAUAUACAAGAUAUAAUAUUUAUAUGAUUGUUAUUGAAAAAAGAAUUAAUAAAAAACAAACUUAUUGGUCAUGUGCAUUAUUACCUUUUGAUUGGUUAGGUAUUAUUGGUUCAUUAAUACCACAUAUGGUUACACUUGUUAUUGGUAUUGAAAGAAUAAUUGCAUUAAAAUAUCCAAUAUUUUAUAAAAAAUAUUUAAAUGAUGGUCAACUUAAAUUUUCAAUUUUUUGUUUAUUUUAUUUAAUAAUUUCUCUUAUAAUUGCAUUUAUAUUAGCUUAUAUAAAUAAAGAUAUUGAAUCUAAAUAUUGGUGUGGAAGAAAAAGAUCUUAUACUGUAUAUUAUGCAAGUUUUAUAUAUGUACAAAAUGUUAUAGGAUAUGUUGGUUGUUUUUUAUUUACUUUUAUUAUUAUGCUUCAUAUUAAAAUUACAUCUAUAAAUAAAUUAAAAGUUAAAGAAAAAAGUGGUAAAAAAUUUUCUUCUAAUGAUACAAGGCAAUUAAGAAAUUAUAGAAGAAUAAAACAAAUUGUUAUAAUUUCAUUUAUUUCAUCUGUAACAAUAUCUAUUCCAAGUUUUGUUUCAUUAGCAUCAUCAGUUCUUAGUGGUUUAGAUGCUGCAAUUGCAGAUCCAUCUGAUUGGAUAUCUGUAGGUAAAUCUUCAAUCAACCUAUUUGUAUACAUGAUACUAAACAAAGAAUUUCAAUUAAGAUUUUUUGGUGAUAUACUUAGAAUUCAAUCAUACCAAACAACAAAAACAAACUCUUUCAUAACUACAAAAAUAUUACCUGGAGAAAAAACUAAAAAGUUUUAG